AUGAACCAUGACAGUGACAUCAAGUCAUGGUCUGAUCUUCCAAUUGAUAUACAAAGCGAGAUAACGAGACAUCUAUAUUUCAACGAUCAAAUCCGUUUUCGGGCUGUCUGUAAAGGUUGGCGACAGAAUACUUAUGCUUUCAAAUCUGCAGAUCAAUUGCCUUGGUUAUUUGCUUAUGAGUACAACCGAUAUGAUUGGGUAAGUGGCUUUUGUUAUCUCUACAACCCUUCUAACAAAACAAAGUAUAAGAUUAAACAGAAGUUACCAUUUGAAUCAAGGUUUCAUGAUUCAAGAUAUGGUUGGAUUCUUAUAUCCAAAGUAGAAGAGAAUGAUUAUGCUCGUAGUUUACUCUUCUUCUAUAAUCCUUUUACUGAUGAAACAAUAAAACUCUCGGUAUUGGAAAUUCCUCUAUACUUUGUUAGGAGUCAGGUAAUAUUCUCAGGCGAUCCAACUUCUAAAGAGUGUGUGAUAUUUGUAGUAUUGAUAGAUCAUGGUUGGAAUGAAUGGGAAUCGAUGAGGAUUUACACAUGUAGGCCUGGAGAUACAAAAUGGUCUCUUCAUUGCUGUUUAGAAGAUUUUGGACGAGAUAUUUUUAGUUUGGCUUGUAUGGAUGGAGUCUUAUAUUGUGCUAGUAGAUUAGAAGGUGGAAAAAUUUUGUUAAGUUCCUUUCAGAUUAUAGCAAAAGAAAAGAAAAUCGUUCUCGACCCAACUGACGUUCUCUCGUUUACAAUUCCCUCAAGGGCAAUCUACGCUUGUAGACUAAUUGAGUCAGAUGGGAAUGUUUUAUUAACAUAUCCUGAAUAUGAUCAUUGUUAUGUUGCUUUUAAGGUUAAUUUUUCAGAGAAGAAGUUGGUUGCAUUUGAAAAUUCGGAGAAGAAAAUAUUGUGUAUGCCUGGGGGAAAAUGUAUAUUAGUUCCGCCAGAGAAGGUUGCAGCAAGUGAAGUAGCCAAUAUUGUACGUCAGAAUCGUCUCAUGAAGUUUAACCCUUAUUUUUAUAAGCCACCAGAAACUCAUUUUUGGUUGUGUCUACGACCUUGUGGCUGGAUCAAUAAAUCAGAGAUACCAAAUUAUGAGAGUAUUUGGAUUCAACCUCCACUACAUUUUACAAGGUAUCAGAAAAUCACUACUCCUGUCCACAGCAUUAUGAUCGGAUCUAUCAGAGUUCCAAUAAGGAUUCAACCUCCUCAACCAAGUUGGUAA